AUGUCGCGACACAUAGUGGUAAAAAAAACAGUUGUCUGCUUACUACUGUCGAGUGGGCGAGCACUCUCCGGCUGCAACCUGGACGAUGAAGAUUGUCGAGAGAGUCGCAUGCAUCCUGAUCUUCCGAGCGUAAAAAAACGUAUGGAAUAUCAAUCGAAAAUUGCAGACGAAGAAGCCUCAGAUUAUAAAAAAAAACAGGGCAAGCAGUUUGUCAGAGAAAAGCUGCACACCCCCGCGAAUAAAAAAAACGCCAAGAAUGUGAUUAUGUUCCUUGGUGAUGGUAUGGGUAUUACCACAAAAAAAGCGGCGCGCACGCUGCUCGGCGGUGAGGAGCAAUCGCUUGCCUUUGAGAAAAAAACCCACACGGGGCUCUCGCGCACCUACAAUGUCAACAAGAUAGUACCCGAAAAAAAGUCCACAGCCACCGCAUAUUUGUGCGGCAUUAAAGCCAACAGUGGCACAAAAAAAGUGAGUGGUUACGUGGACCGCAGUGACUGCCUACAAACUCGGAAUGUCAAAAAAAAUGUUAGCUCCAUAGCCAAGUGGGCGUUGGAUGCAGGCAAGUCGGCUGGAGUGGUUACCACCACCAGAAUAACGCACGCCUCACCCGCUGGCGUCUAUGCACAAAAAAAAGAGCGCAAUUGGGAGAACGAUAGCGAAGUGAAGAGUGACUGUGGGGCAAAAAAAAAUGUGGAGGAUAUCGCCUACCAGCUAAUACAUGGUGAGGUGGGUAGUAAAAAAAAGGUGAUCUUAGGUGGCGGCAGACGAGAGUUCGUAGACACUACACUAAAAAAAAAAGGUAAACGUAGUGACGGCCGUAACCUGAUUGAAGAAUUUAUAAACCAGAAAAAAAGAAAUGCGUACGUUGAGAACCUCGAAGAGUUGAACAACUUGAAUAUAACGAACGUUGAUCGUUUGUUAGGGCUUUUCCAAGACAAUCAUAUGUUGUAUCACCUUGAGACUGAUGAGCAGAGCAAUCAGCCAACACUGGCGGAAAUGACACGCAAGUCGAAAAAAAUCCUAAGCCGCAACGAACAGGGUUACUUCAUAUUCAUCGAGGGUGGACAAAAAAACCAUGGACAUCACGAUACCUAUGCACGUCUUGCAUUGGAUGAAACGUUGGAGUUUGCAAAGGCCAUACAACUGGCACGUGAGCUGACAGAGGAAGCGGACACUAAAAAAAUGGUCACCGCUGACCAUUCGCAUUCCUUCACUUAUUCCGGUUAUGCGAACCGUGGAAAUGAUAUUUUUGGUCCCGCACCUGGUAAGCCGUCCGAUGGCAAGCCGUAUAUGACUUUGGGUUAUGCAAAUGGUCCAAGUUAUGACAAAUUUUAUGAUGUCGAACAACAUCAGCGGCAGGAUCCCACUACUAUUAUAAAAAAAAAACCGCGUGAUGAAUUCCCUGUUACCAUACCACUGGCCUCCGAGACGAAAAAAAGUGACGAUGUCGCCGUCUUUGCUUCGGGGCCUUGGGCUCAUUUAUUUAAAAAAAAUUAUGAUCAAAACACCAUUCCACAUAUGAUGGCCUACGCUUCGUGUUUGGCGGAUGGUCAAAUCGCGUGUUCUAAAUAGAUUUAGAGUAGGUUUACU